AUGCAGGCUGAGUUCUUCCUGCAAGUCGAGGAUUCGCGCGAGGGCUUGAUUGAUGACAUCCUGGCGGAACUAGAUGGACACGCGGAUGAACCAGAGAAGCGCUCUCACUUUAUCCUUCCUCAGCGAAACUAUCUUAGUGACCAGAGCGCGUCCACAAGCAAUGAUUCGCCUCAAGGGCAAGAAAACCAACCGCCCAACUAUUUAUCCCCGCAAGACCAGUGGUUGCUUUCAUAUCUAUCCCCAAACAUUGCGAAUCAGAAAAUAACGCGUCCACCUCAGUCGGUGGGCCUAAAGCAUGAAUACUUGGCUGCACUAAAGGAUAUUAAGCAGAAGUGUUUCCAGAGCGAAGAACGCCUACAUUCCAUAGCGAAUACGCUUUCAACUAUGUCGACGAAGAGUCCUCCACAAGGAAAGUAUGCACAUGUUUUCGAUAAGUUUACUAACACAUUAGCGGCAAUGGACGAGAAAUCUGUUGAGUCACGCGAGGCCAUGGCAUACGCGAAGUCUGGUCUUACUACGAUUGAACUCCAACAGAGCGCCUUUUCAAACGAACUGGUCAAUAUCACCGCCAAAGUCAAUAGCCUGUAUAUCAUGGUAGAAAAUUUAGAAAAAAAGAUAUCCAGUGACCCAUCACCAGCAUUAGCAGGCUUCGAGAAUCGGCUGCUAGACCGCAUGAAGGAACUAUACGCGUCGCAACUGCCCAUGGUAAAGGACCAACAAACCAGCACACACACGCACGCAUCGAGCUUUGCGCCCGGAUUCUCAUUCAAUAAGCGCCAACGGUCAUAG